CGGAGAUAGUUCUCACCGGAUUUGAUAAAACUGAUCAAGGAUAAUGUUGCGUAUAUUGUUCGUUGUUUUAGUGGCGUUUUCGGGAUUAGGGUCUGCUGAAUUUAAGGCAUGUUCACACAAUGAAGUUUGCAUCGACAUUAUGGACUGCCCAAAGUAUAGCAAAUAUACAAGCAGUAACAAGUUUUGGAAAAGCUGGCGAACGUUAUACCAAAAGGACGCAGAAAGGGCCAGGAAUCAGCUUUGUAACAUGGACACAAAAGGGUCAACUACGGUUUUAAGCGUUUGCUGUUCGACUCAGCUGAAUCCGGAGUCUUGCGGUACAACGGACCGCCACAAAAUUUCCUACGGCAAGACGGCUCGCGGAUCGGAACUUCCCUGGAUGGUGGCACUACAGACCGAGCACGGAAACUACGUCUGCGGAGGCACCCUGAUAACGGACCGUUACGUCCUCACGGCGGCCCACUGCCUUACGAGUCAGCUGGACAAAGUUGUCGCGGUGCUCAUUGGUCGAACGACACUCACUUCUCCGGAAGAUUGCUCUGACGAGGACUGCGACGACGACGGUGGAUACGCUCCGGUUCAGGUGAUUCCGGUGCAGCACAUCCGACAUUCGCUGUACAGUGAUCGCAAAAAAUUGAACGACAUUGCCCUGCUGAGAUUGGCCAGUCCUGCCAAACUGGGCAAGAAUGUCAAGCCAAUCUGUCUACCCAACGGAACCCCGGAACAGGACAUUCCGCCCGAGGGGCUGGGUCUCCUGAUCGUUUCCGGUUGGGGACUAACCGAGCGAGGCAACUCGUUCGACAUGCUUCGAUAUGCAACGCUUCCUCACGUUCCCCUGCAGGAGUGUACCCAACUGCAAGAAAAUCUUAAGCUAGACCCAAAAACCCAACUCUGCGCUGGCGGAGUCAACCGGGUGGACAACUGCCUCGGAGAUUCCGGCGGUCCCCUCCAGGCGAUCAGCGCCGGCGACAAGCUGCAGUUCAUCCAGUACGGCGUUGUGGCGUUCGGAGUGACCACUUGCGGCGAGCAGAACUUACCCGGAGUGUACACCAACGUGGGAGCUUACUUGGGCUGGAUUUUCAAAACGGUCGAAGGAAUUACAAGCUAAAACCAAAAAAUGAUAUCAACAGACUUUCUGAAAUUCCAAGCACAUUUUUUGCCACCCGCGGUUUGCGAGAAGUUUGUACAAUUUGACUGUGGCUAAUCUAUGCAAUAUAAAGCAGCGCUUUCUCGCGUUUAGAAGUUAGUGAAAUAGUGCAAAGAAGUCGGAAGGUAAGGUAGUUAGAGGAAGAAAUCGAAAUAUUAUACAUCUAUUUGUAUUAUAGCACAAAUUAAUUCCGUCCAUUUAAUGCCAGUGUAUUAAGUCUGA